ACCAGGAGGUGGAGGUCGACGAGGUUAAGAUGGAAGCGGAGGACCAUCUCGCAAGAGAAUACGUCCAGGAGUUCGUUCUCGACCAUCUCGAUCCCGCCGACGUCAAGCGAGAGGUACGUCUCAGCUCACCCCCAAGCAUAGUGAACCCAAACAUGCAGCUACAAAAUCAAGCUCACGGACUCGCGUUGGCUCCGCUGACUCCUCCAGCACAUGAGCUGGAGCAGCCUCACCCUCUUUACGGUCAGCCACACAUUCAAGUGCAGCACGGUGUCCUUGUAAAGGCUCCGCCAGGUGCAGCCUCUCACUUGACGACCCUCUCGCAUCCUGGCACUCCACCCGACACUCCUCCGGUCUCAGCUUCUCCACCGCCCCUGCAGCUGCACCGGGGGGAACGUGACCCCAGGGAUCGAAACGGUUUGCUGCUACAUCUGCAGCAACCUGGUUCCCUGGUGCAGGACGAGAUGCCGGUCGGAUCUGGUGGUAUGGGGUGGCUCACUCAAUCCCUUAGACAAGAACCCCUGGACCUACGGCCGCACUGUCCGCAGGAUCAGACUCCAGAGCCUCCUCCGGAACACUGGUCAUCUGCACCGUCGCAUCAUCAUUUUCAGGAGAUGCAGCAUCUACCCCGGCACAUGAGACAUGCUGGUGGCUACAUCACAAUGCCGAGUCACUUGGACUAUUAUGGUGGUGCUGGUCCAGGUCCUGGGGGUGGAAUGUUACCUGGAGGCGUUCAGAUGCAGAUGCAGUCCAUGGAUGAUAGCAUGCAAGGGAUGCAACCAGGAAGGCCCUUGAGCGUCUGCUCCGUGAGUUCUUGCAGCGCCAAUGGUCAGCCCCACAGUCAACAGAAGAGUUCUUAUUCCAAUUGCGGUAGUAGCGGUACUUCCGUAAUUAUGUCUGAUGAAGUCCUCAUGUCCCUUUCCGUUCGAGAGCUGAACAAACGCCUCCAGGGCUACCCGAGGGACGAGGUUGUUCGUCUAAAGCAGAAGAGGCGAACUUUAAAGAACAGGGGCUACGCACAGAAUUGUCGGAGCAAGAGGCAACAACAACGGCAGGAUUUGGAAACAACAAAUCAGACUUUGCAGAGCCAACUGCAGCGAAUGAAGCUGGAGUUGGACCAAACACGUCAGGAACGGGACCUUUACAAGCAACGCUGGGAGAUAUUAAGGGUCCGACAGAACCAUCAUCAUAAUCAUAGUCAUAGUCACAAUCAUAACCAUCAUCAACCACCGCCACCACCGCAAGCCCAACAGCAUCAAGCUCAGAAUCAACAGCAUCAUCCUCAACAUCAACCUGCACCUGCCAGUCCAGAAGUUUACCUGUGACAUAGACAA